GACACCCAUUCUGAUUUCCUGCCAUAUGUCCCCUCCAGGUCCCUUCCUCCAGGCUCCAAGGAAGCACUUUCUGCAGAGAAGGGGCCCCUGCACACCGGCAGGAAGAGGGUCUGCAGUUUGCUUCCUGUCAUCCCUGAGAUGGGGUGUCUCUGGUUCUCUCCCUGGGUCUGAUUUUCAUGGUGGAGUAAUUCCCCUUUCUCUCCUCUCUACUGCAUAGAGCCCUUCCUACACAGAUACACACCACACACACGUGCGCACACCCCCCAUGUCCGGCCCUCUCUCAUCCUGCCCCACCCACCACCAAUCAUGACCAACAGGGACGGGUGGGUUGUCCCAUCCACACCCUGCCCUCUGAGGGCUGGAGCCUCCGGCUGAGAGGCCCUGCCAGUCUGGCGCUAAGCGGGCUGCCUUCGCUGCCCAGCACUGUGGCCUCUGAUGCCCUGAGAUGCCCACACCCAAUCUCUCUGCCCCUCUGCCCGUUUUCUGGCUCAACACCUCUACCAGCGGCGGUGUGCUGAGUGUGGAUGAGACUUUGCUGCCUGUUGAAUUCCCUGCCCUGAGGGUUGUGCUUGCCCUGGCCUACGGGCUUGUCGGGGCCGUUGGAUUUAUGGGAAACUUGGUCGUGCCGUGGGUGCUGGGUAACUGUGCUCAGCGAGCCCCUUGCCCACCGUCUGACACUUUUGUCUUCAACCUGGCUCUGGCAGACCUGGGGCUGGCACUCACUCUCCCCUUCUGCAAGAUGUUCCUGACGGCCACUGUCUGCAACACCUACGCCAGCGUCUUCCUCAUCACGGCGCUGAGUGUUGCCCGAUACUGGGUGGUGGCCAUGGCUGCAGGACCAGGCACCCCUCUUCCCCUCUUGUGGGCCCACACAGCCACCCUGGCAGUGUGGGUGGCAGCUGCCCUGGUGGCAGUGCCCACGGCAGUCUUUGGGGCAGAGGGGGAGGUGUGGGCCGUGCGUCUCUGCUUGCUGCGCUUCCCCAGCAGGUACUGGCUGGGGGCCUACCAGCUGCAGAGGGUGGUGCUGGCCUUCGUGGUGCCCCUGGGUGUCACCACCGCCAGCUACCUGCUGCUGCUGGCCUUCCCGGGGCAGCGGCAGCGAAGAAGGCAGCGGGAUAGCAGGGCCGUAGCCCGCUCCGUCUGCACUGUGGCCUCCUCCUUCCUCUGCUGGUUCCCCAGCCACAUGACCACUCUCUGGAGUGUCCUAGUGAAUUCUGACCUGGUUCCUUGGGACAGCACUUUCUCCGCCGUCCACACCCACGUCUGCCCUGUCACCGUCUUUGCACACAGCAACAGCUGCCUCAACCCCGUGCUGUGCUGUCUCCUGCGGCAGGAGUCCCGGCAGGCCCUGGCAGGCCCCUUCAGGGAUCUCCGAGCGCGGCUGUGGCCCCAGGACCGGGGUGAAGCAGGGGGCCUUACAGGAGGUAGGCAGGCGGUGAGUGGAGAGAACCCCCAGGAGAGCGGCCCUUCUACCGUGCUCACCAACUUGGGCAAAGGAACACCGGGGUGAAGGUACAAACGGUGCACCCUCUUUCUGGGGUCUGCCAGGGGCAGGAUCCUUGCAUUCUAGGGAGGGCGGGCCUGUCUGCCAGGCCGACAUGCCCCCGGGGAAAGUCUUAUCUUCAAUUAUUCUGGCUGUGGUGGCAUGCAGCGGGCGAGGCCCAGGUCAGGGCUGGUAGGACAAAGCUUAUGUCCUCCAUUUGGAGGUGGGAAAGAAGAGGAUCUAAAAAUAAACAUCUGGCC